AUGGCCUUUCAGCUGCCCAAUGAAUUGUGGCUGGCCAUCUUCAAUUUUGCUGUCGAAGAUGAAACCCUCUUUGAGCACUCUCUUCUAACUUCCAUGGCGGAGUCCGCGUGGUUCAAGAUGAUUUACGGAGAUUGGUCCCUCAGGGCACCCCAAGAAACUUCGAAUCUCAUGCAGAGGAGGAGUUACACAACGAAGACUGCUAUCGUCUCCACAUGCAGGACUUGGAGAAAAUUAGGCUCGGAGUUUCUCUUCAGAUGCUUAUUCUUCAACGAUCCCGCUUGUCUCCGCAAGCUCUGUCCUGUUUUGGACUCAGACAAUCAUCUGGGAUGGUGGACCAAACGGUUGCAUAUCACGCGGUACUACGCUGUUGGUGGAGUGACCAUGGAUGAUAUGGAGCAUGUCCUCGUCUCGACUAUCCGCCGUUGCCCAAACCUCGAGAUAUUCGUAGUGAACUGGUCCAUCUCCACGUCGCUUUCUUCUGUGAUCAAUGCACUAUGCAUGUAUUGUCCACUCUCUCUCCGCACCUUACACAUCCACAUUCCCCCCGCGGCGCUCGCGAAGAUCAUAUUGAUGCUGGAGUCCCUUCCCAGGCUUGUUGCGGUUUAUCUCGAAUUCGAUGGUCAACAUCCUGAAACUCUCCAUCUGGGCUCCGCGUCGGGAAUUGCGCUGAGCCUCCCGAAACUCAGGCAAUUGUCUCUCCGCGGUAGCUUCCAGGAAUUCAUUGAACAAGCCAUUGGCUGGACUAUGCCAGCUCUCGAUAACCUGUCUCUCGAUUUCCUCAAUUACCGUGAAGACAUCCCGGAUAUUAUCGAAUUUCUCACGCAUCACGGCUCGGAUCUCACAUUCCUCGACAUUAACUGUAUACCCGCUCUGGAGGUUGCUACAAUCCUCGAUCUCUGCCCACUUCUCACUACAUUCUGCUUCAACCUGGACUGGCGCUUGCCAGUCAUGGACAACGAUCCGUUGAGAUGCGCGCUUGUGCAUCGCCCACAUGCAAACAUCACGACCAUCGGAUGUCAUCAGCUUCUAUAUGCGUUUGGUGUCGGCUACGCGGCGACAUACGCUACUGUUGAUCCGUUGACCACUCAUGUCGUCCGCCGUCGGAACGACGUCAAUUUCGCUGCGCUCAACAAGCAGAAUUUCCCUCGAUUGCAGUGCGUUCGCGUGCUGAGUAGGAUGCUGCUGCGAGAUUUGGAAGCGGCUGAUGGUCCACAUGAAUCCUGCUUCGAACGGUGGGAACGGUGGUGGAAUCAAUGCGCUAGUCAGAGGGUUAGGUUGGAAGACUGCACGGGGGCGCUUUUUGGCACAUUGCCCCUGAAUGAUGACCAGGAGGAAGAGGAGAAGGCAGAGAAGCCGGAGCUGGCCAAGAGUACACCGGAACAAGGACUGGUGGAAUUGAGACAGUUGCUGGCCGAGUGCAAGCAAAUGUCGAAUGCCGUUAGCCACGAGCGGUUCGGCCGCCAGUAUUUGCUGCAAGGUCAGACAGAGUAUUAG